AUGCGCCUCCAGCCCGCGCGUUUCUGCCAGACGCCAACGCGCAAGCGCCACCUCCCGUUCGCCUCCCCCUCGACCGCCUUGCCCAGUGCGCAUGCGCCUUCCGCCCGCGCCCUUCUGCCGGGCCUCGACGCGCAUGCGCCUCGCGGCCCCUCCCCUCCGCCCGCGCCACCGCGCCUGCGCCGCGGCCCCCAACGGCUUUUUCCUAACCCCGUGACGUCAUCGCUGUGCCCUAGGUCGGGGUUAGAGGUCAGAGGUCAGGAGCCGCUAUGGCCUCCGGGGGCCCCCGGGAGCCCCGCGCUCAGGCGCCCAGCGCAGCGCUCUGCCAAUAGGAGGCGUCCAGCACAGCGCUCUGUGCAUAGUAGGAGGCGUCCAGCACAGCGCUCUGCACCUAGAACCGUCCAGCGCAGCCCUCCGCACGAGGUAGGAGGCGUCCAGCACAGCGCUCUGCCCCCAGUCGGAGGCACCCGCCACAGGAGCGCUCAGCAGAGCGCUCUGCACAUAGUAGGCGUCCAACGCAGCGCUCUGCACGCAGUGGGAGGUCUCCAACACAGCGCUGUGCACGUAGUAGACGUCCAGCACAGCGCUCUCCACCUUGUAGGCGUCCAGCACGGCGCUCUGCACCAUUUAGGGGCCCAGCACAGCGCUCUGCCCCUAGUAGGAGGCGUCCAGCACAGCGCCCUGCGCCCAGUGGGAGGCGCCCAGCACAGGAGGACCCAGCAGAGCGCUCUGCACACAGUAGGGAGCGUCCAGCACAUACCCCUGCACACAUCAGGAGGCAGCCAGCACAGCGCCCCGCCCAUAGUAGCCGCCCAGCACCGCACUAGGCCCAUAGUAGACGCCCGGCACAGCGCCGUGCUGCCAGUCGGCGCUCAGCACGGCGUCCCGCACAGGGUUGGCGUUCAGUAAGGCGCUCCGCACGCCGGCGUCCAGCACAGCGCCCCGCACACCAGGAGUUGACGCUUUUAGGGGCCGGUGGGAGAUGGACGGCCCCGGACCGACGGCCGAAGGGCAGAGCGCUGUGCUGGGCGCCUACUCUGUG